ACUCCUAAUAUGCGGCAUCUCUUCAUGACAAGCUGCAGCUUUCAGCUGAAGGAUUUGUGUUUAAGGCUGCGCAACUACUCAUGCCUUAACGGCGGCCAAGUGCUCUACGGUGGUAACAACUGGCCUCUACGUGGUAACAAGAACACGCUCUACGAAGGAGGAACAAGAGUGCCGGCAUUCGUUGCGGGGCCUCUGCUCAAGAGAAGCGGCUAUAAAAGUUCAAGUAUUGUGCACGUCGUCGACUGGUUUCCGACGCUUCUCAGUGUGGCUGGUGCAUUGGGUAACAGUGCUUUGAAAGAAAUUGAUGGUAUUGACCAGUGGUCAGUCAUCAGGGACGGAGCAGAGGCGGGACCAAGAACAGAGUUUGUGUACAACUUGGACUGCAAGAAGGGAAAGCUUGUCGGAGCAAUAAGGGAAGGAGACCUGAAGCUAAUUCUGAGACCGUCGUCGGCAUUUAGCGGCUGGUAUCCGGAGCCUGAGGAAAAUUCCGAGAGGGUGGAAGCAGUCGGAACUGUGUCGUCCUCGGCCCUAUACAAUAUCACCGGUCUGUCCCAGGCCCAGCUAAGGGGCGGUUGCAAGAAGGAGACUCUGAGGGCUUGCGGCGAGGAUUACGUUCCCUUCGCGAAGACAUCGCACAUGGAGUCGUCUGGGCCAGUGUUCGUGAAGCAAUGCGAGACAUUCAAACAACAGAUCGCCUGCAGUAACCAGUUCUCCAAAGACUGCCUAGACGGUCUGUCCAAGGCUGCUGCGCUGCUAACUCUAGAAGCCUUCCGAGACAACGUCGACGCCACCUGCAUCAAAGGUUCGAAGCAGUACGAAGCCUUCCAGAACUCCGUUGGCUGCUUGAACUCCGUUGGCAAGGAAAUCAAUGGCUGCUUCAAGGAUAUCCAUGAAAGCCUUCAACAGUCCGUUGCCAAGGCACCCCCCAAGGAAGUCAUCCACUACGUAUGCUGCUCGUACGGUGACUUGCAUGGCUGCCUCGAUCGGACACUGGCGCCCUGCGAAAAUGACGGCGGCAAGAAGUUCAUCACUGGCCUUUUGGAGGAAGCGUUAGGGGAGCCCCUCAGUCUCGUGUGUAGAAAUUACCGAAGCGGAUCGGAGAACUGCAAAGCUUUGCCGAAGCUACCGCCGCUGGGCCCGAACGACCCCAAGAUAGACGGUUUCUUGGAGCUGCUCAUCGAGGCUAGCAAGAUGGUGGGCCGCAAGAAUUAGCAUGUGGCUACGACGCAGUCGUACUCUUGUUUCUCAGUUGGGCAACCACUCUCACGAAAGCUCGCAUGCAAAAAAAAAAAAAAAAUAAUCUAGCUUAUCGCCAUUAUUUGCUGCGGCAUGUUGCCGUGUAAAUUGUAUGCUUAUAAGCAGAUGUUUCUGUAAAUAAAUAAAUAAAUACAAGCGCCUUACAAGAAAUG